AUGGAUAACGAUCAAUCGGUUCAGUAUCUGGAAAGGCUAUUGGGCCGCACUUUACGGAUUCAUACGACCGACACUCGCAUGUUUGUCGGGUUGUUCAAGUGUACCGAUGCGGACCGGAACAUCAUCCUCGCAAAUUCAUUUGAAUACCGUAUGCCGACCACCUCAGCCGUUCAAGCGGCCGCAGACCAGAAGGAGUCCCAGGAAGAAGCCUCGGAAGCAAAGGCCACAACCGUGAAAGUGAACAUGACACACCGGUUGAUAGGCCUCAUCGUGAUCCCUGGACAACACAUUACAAAAAUCGAGCUGGAGUAA